AUGAUUUUGGCUUUUUCUGAGCAAGAGUCAGUGUCCACAGGAUGUACUACCUCUACCUUCCAGGCUGUGGUUCCACCGACUCUGCUUGGUCAAGAUCACUUCUUACAUUCUGAUGAAGUAUCUCUGGGAACUGGCUGUCCUGUAACUAACAUAACUGAGAAGGGGUAUGAGUUUAAUUAUCUUGUCACCGAGUGUGGGAUUCAGAAAGAGGUUUUUGCCAAUGGAGUGAUUUUUUAUUCAAUUCUCUAUUAUAACACAGUGCACAAAGGAAUCACUGGAAAAGUUCUUUUAAGGUGUAUUGUUUUCAGCUCAUCAUUUUCGGACAGCAUUCCAAGCACUACCAACAACAAUCUAACAAAGUUCAAAAAUGGCAUUCCUUCUGCCAAGUCUCAUUCUUCUUGGAGCUUAACCAACCCUUGCCUGCUUGGCUUGCCUUGGAUUCCAUACUUCUAAAACCCCUCGGUAAAGCCACCCUAUCAGUCACUUCUACUUAAAAUGCCUCAUCCUUGUGGUUCAUAA